GGGGAGGGAAGAAAAAUAUUUUUCCGAUUGGAAAAGGUGUGAAAGAUGCGAGAGUCUUUCGAACACAUUCCAAGUGACACUUCGUAAUUCGUACGUCUGUCUACUUUCUCUCGUUCCUCGUUCCUCGACGUCGUCGUCGUCGUUGUCGUCGUCGUGCGUGCGUGUCGUGCCGUGCCGUGCCGUGCUGUGCCGUGUCGUGCCGUGCCGUGCCGUGCCGUGCCGUGUAAUAAAAGUCAAUAGAAGUCCAUAGAGAAUUGUCGUGAUACUUUAAGCUUUAAAACUUUAGGUACGCGUAUAGAUUUCAUCGUCAGAUAUUAAAUAUCACGUUCUUGAUCUAACGAGGAGAGAAAGAGAGAGAGAGAGAGAGAAAAAAAAAAAGAGAUUAAGGACAUUGAUUGCUAUGAUAUUUAAGUACAGCAUACGAAAGGGUCCAAAGGAGUUAUGAGAUUGACUCGGUGCUCUGCAUGAAUCUAAGAAUACACCACCGCGGGUGGAUCGUUGAACCAGCUUUUCCUCUCUUUCCUCUCCACGUGUCGACGAGAGCCUCGCUAACGAAAGAAAUAAAUCACAAGAAUUUUCUCUCUCUCUCUCUCUCUCUCUCUCUCUCUCUCUCUCUCUCUCUCUAGCUCUAUCUCUUGCUUUUCUUCUCUCUGUCUCUUGGUCUUUCUCUUCCUCUUUCUUUGAAAACGUUUACGCGGGAUCUCCCGCAGUUUACUUGAAAGGAUGUCUGGGGACAGCACGUCAGAUGAGGAGGGCUCUCAAGAGGAUCCACCCCGAUACGAUGUCGACGACAUGGAAAUCGUCAAAACGAUCGGUACGGGAACAUUUGGGAGAGUAGUAUUAUGCAGACAUCGUGGAAAACCUCUCGCUUUGAAGAUACUCUCUAUGGUCGAUGUGAUCAGGCUGAAACAAGUCGAACACGUUCGCAACGAGAUCACGGUACUAAAGGAGGUCAAUCACCCCUUCAUAGUCAACAUGCUUUGGAGUGGUAGAGAUGAAGCCAGACUCUACAUGCUAUUCGAAUUCGUAGCCGGUGGCGAACUCUUUUCUUAUUUAAGAGCAGCCGGAAGAUUUUCUGGACCAACCAGUUGCUUUUACGCGGCUGAAAUCGUCUGCGCAUUGGAAUACCUUCACAGCAAGCACAUCAUUUAUAGAGACUUAAAACCAGAAAAUCUACUUCUCGAUAGUCAAGGACACCUGAAAAUUACCGACUUUGGUUUUUCGAAGAAAUUAACUGAUAGAACUUGGACUCUUUGCGGUACACCGGAAUAUUUGGCGCCGGAAAUCAUUCAGAAUAAAGGUCAUAACAAAGCUGUUGAUUGGUGGGCCCUUGGUGUACUGAUUUACGAAAUGUUGGCUGGAUUCCCACCGUUUUUCGAUGAUAAUCCAUUUGGAAUAUAUGAGAAAAUACUCAGCGGUAGGAUAGAAUGGCCUAAACACAUGGAUCCCAUUGCUAAAGAUCUCAUCAAGAAAUUACUCAUCGCAGACAGAACGAAGAGAUUAGGAAAUAUGAGACAAGGAGCUGAAGAUGUUAAGAGGCAUCGUUGGUUCAAGCUAGUAGAAUGGCCCUUGGUACCUCAAAGAGCUUUGACACCACCGAUAAGGCCAAGAGUGAAAGCACCUGGUGAUCCUAGUUGUUUCGAUGAUUAUCCUGAAACCGAUUGGCGUUCUCAACCACCUUUACCACCUGACCAACUGGCACUCUUCCAAGACUUUUAGCCAAAUUCUAAGGAGAUACUAAAGUAUCUCUCACAGAUCGGUGAUACGUUUCUAUCAUUUUUACAAGUUCAAUUCAUAAGUUGUUAGAAUAUAUAUAUAUAUAAUAAAUAUAU